AUGGCCAAGAAGUUCGAAGGACAGCGCAUUAAGGGUGAUGAACAAGACCCUGUUUACCUUGUACUCAACGGAAAGUUGCGACACAUUGCCACCCCUGAUAUCUACAAAGCUCUAUUUGGUGACGGGGAAUGGAAAUUCUCAACCGUGCAACAAGCACUGGUUGACAAUUUCCCCAAGGGCCCCGUACUGGAUUUCCCGACUCCAUUGGCCAAAGGGUUUGAUGAUCCCGUCUAUUUGAUCGACCAGGGCAAAAAGAGAUGGAUUAAGAGCGAAGAUGCGUUCAAUCGUUAUGGUUUCGCAUGGAACAAAAUUACCAACAUCGGAGCUAUAACCUCGAUAAUCCCAGACGGAGAGGAGAUCGAGUAA